AUGCAAGCCAAUGAUUUGCGUAUGCUUAUUGGUGGGGCAAAGCCUAUUGAUCAGUUAACGGAUCCAACACAACGUGAUGCGCGCGCACAUAUUAUGAAUGCAUUUUCUAUGAUGAACGCAGAUGGCAGCGAGCCACGUUCAAUAGAUUUCCAUUCGUUUCGUGGUAAUUUUACACCGGAAUUCGAUCCUAGAAGAUUUGCUCUAAAAGAUUCGAUAUAUGCUCAACGACUUGAUUUAUUAGCAUUUCUGUUACGAAACGUUCUAUAUCGCUUUUCAACAUGUUUACCACAGAUCAAUUAUUGUGAAUUUUCGGUUGGUUGUGGUGAUUUAAGCCGUCCUUGGGUGUUUGCUGUUUUAACUACAUUUUCGAAUGAUAAAAAAUUCAACAAGUUUCAUUAUCUAGUUAAUCAAAACUUUCCGUGGCUUAAAACAAAUGGUUUUGAAAAAAGUAUUGACUAUCGGUUUCUGGCAGGAUUCAAUCGUCGAGUAUCACCGAUCAGUAGUGCUUGUUCAACAGAUAAAUCACUUGACUUCUUAAAUGAAGCACCAUCUUAUGCGAUUCAUCUUAUACUGAGAGAAUUUUAUCAAAGUAAAAACCAGCGAGAGACAAUUAUAUUCACUGAACAGGUAAAACAAUUGAAGAAAUUGGAGAAAGCCAGCAAAAAUACUGACGAUUUCUAUCACUGGGUAGUAGGACUUGACUUACUUGGAGAUGAACUUGGAUAUCCGUAUUGUCCUUUUGUUGCUUGUGAGUUCCUACGAUUUAUUCGAGAUGCUAGACAAGCAAAUAGUGCUUUUGGCACACGUAUUCAUUCUGGAGAAAAUGUCCCAUUCGCUCGUCCUGAAUUACCUGGUUAUCAUCUAUUUGCGGCGCAUAUGUAUAUUCUCUAUCGUUGUCUGGCUUUUCUCAAGAAAGAGUUAGGAUCUAAUAUUCGUGUUGGCCAUGGUAUCGCAUUUGAUAAAUUAUUAUCUAUCAAAAAUUAUAAGUUUCGUAAAUCUAGUGUACUAGUCGCAGAAAUACAGGCAAAUGCUAAGAAAGUAUUCUCAUCAAUUCCUUUUGAACCUGGAGAAGUCAAAUUUGGUACAGAAAAUUCAACUUGA